UCUCUGUCUCUUUAUUUAGUCUGUCUUGUUAUCUGGGCAGUGAGGCAGCUCACUGUGCAGAGGACACUCGGAGGGUGGAAGGGCGAGCUGUCAGAGUGGCUCGUGGACUGUUAGGUCUAAUUUCCUGGUCCUCCUGUGGAGCUGUCCAUCAAUCUCUGAGGCUGAGCUGUCUUCACCCUGUGGAUGUAUUUCUCUGAGUGACACCUGGGGAAGUGAGGGAAACCUGAGUGGAGAGGCAGGAGUCUUCUCCCUCUGCUCCAUCCUUCCUGUGAGUGGAUGACCUGUGCUUUCCUAGUUCUCGCCUCAGCACCAUGAACAAGAUGAAGAACUUUAAGAGACGCUUCUCUCUUUCUGUUCCUCGCACAGAGACCAUCGAGGAGAACGAGUUCACUGAGCAGAUCAACCAGCUCAACAUACACCACACUCAGGGCCUGACUCCAGACAGGCUGGGUCCUCCUUCUCAUGAUGCAAGCCCUGUGAGCCCUGAACCAACAACACCAGGAGCGCAGUCCCCAUCCCACCUCCAGUACCACAGCAAGGCCCAGCACAGACGCUUCUCUAUGGAGGACGUCAGUAAGCGCAUGUCUCUGCCCAUGGACAUCCGUCUGCCUCCAGAGUUUCUCAAGAAACUUCAGCUGGAGAGUGAAAACUCUCCUCCCUGCAAACCAAUCAGUCGCAUGUCGCGCCGCGCUUCUCUGUCUGACAUAGGCUUUGGAAAACUGGAGACGUACGUGAAGCUUGGUAAACUGGGCGAGGGGACUUAUGCCACAGUGUUCAAAGGGCGAAGCAAACUGACAGAAAACCUGGUGGCACUGAAGGAGAUUCGGCUGGAGCAUGAAGAAGGAGCACCCUGCACUGCUAUCAGAGAAGUGUCUCUACUGAAGAACCUGAAACAUGCCAACAUCGUCACGCUGCACGACAUCAUCCACACCGAACGCUGCCUCACUCUGGUGUUUGAGUAUCUUGACAGUGACCUUAAACAGUACUUGGACAACUGUGGAAAUCUCAUGAGCAUGCAGAAUGUCAAGAUCUUCAUGUUCCAGCUGAUGCGUGGCCUGUCCUACUGUCACAAGAGGAAAAUCCUGCACAGAGACCUUAAGCCACAAAACCUACUCAUCAAUGACAAGGGCGAGCUCAAACUGGCUGACUUUGGACUAGCAAGAGCCAAGUCUGUCCCCACCAAGACUUACUCCAAUGAGGUGGUAACUCUCUGGUAUCGACCCCCUGAUGUACUGCUGGGCUCUACAGAAUACUCCACACCUAUUGACAUGUGGGGCGUUGGGUGUAUUCUGUUUGAGAUGGCUACAGGCCGUCCCAUGUUUCCUGGUGCCACAGUGAAGGAGGAGCUGCACUUAAUUUUUAGGCUUAUGGGAACUCCAACAGAGGAGAGUUGGCCGGGAAUUAGCAGCAAUGAAGAGUUUAAGACUUAUCUCUUUCCUCAGUAUAGACCUCAAGGUCUCCUCAACCAUGUGCCCAGGUUGGACUUAGACGGGAUCGACCUGCUGUCCUCUCUGUUGCUGUACGACACCCGGAGCAGAACCACUUCAGAAGCCGCGCUACAACACCCCUACUUCCUGAGUCUGGGGAAUAAUAUACACAAUUUGCCAGACACUGCUUCAGUGUUUUCUCUCAGAGAGGUGCAGCUCCAGAAAGACCCUGGCCAUCGCAGCUCCGUGUUUCAGCCUUUAAGAGGAAAGAACCGAAGACAAAGCAUCUUCUAGAGAUCACAGGAGGAAGAGAGACACACAGAGAAGAGGAGCUCGCUUUUAAACCACAUCACCAAGGCCAACACAGCUCAGCACAUUCAGAAGCAUGCUCACCGACACACACUCAGACCUCCGGGAACACACACUCAUGCACUCAAGCAUUUCCAAGGCAGCAGGCUGUGGAGACAGAGUUUCAGGAAAUAUAUGUCUGCUGAAUUAGAAAUGGCUGAGCUGAAAUAUAAACUCUGCUUCCACACACAAACAGUACACAUAAACUUUACAUAAAGGUCCAAAUAACUAUAAAACAUAAAUAACAUAUUAGACUUUAUUAUGGCAUCAUAAAGAGUGUCUUGUUAGAUUGUAAGAUACUUCAAACUCAGUCUUACUAGCAUCUUUAUUGGUUUAAUAAGGUAAAUACACAAUAUAAACACAUGGACAAAAUAGUUGGUACCCUUCUGUUACAGAAAGAAAAACUCACAAUGGUGACUGAAAUAACUUGAAACUGACAAACGUAAUAAUAAAUUAAAAAAUGACUUAAAAUUAGCCAAUGAAAAUCAGACAUUGCUCUAUGUUCACAAACAUACAAUGGGACAUAAAAGAGGGGAAGACUGUAGCUACUGUGAAGCAUGGGGGAGGCUUGGUUCUGUUCCGGGACUGCUUUGCUGCAUCUGGCGCAGGGAAUCUUGAAUCUGUGCAGGGCACAAUGAAAUCUCAAGACUAUCAAGGCAUUCUGGAGCCAAACGUGCUGCCCAGUGUCAGAAAGCUUGGUCUUAGUCACAGGUAAUGGGUUGUCCAACAGUAUAAUGAGCCAAAACACACAGAGUUAAAAACAGCCAAGAAUGGCUAGGAGCAAAACACUGGACUAUUCUGAUGUGGCCUUCUGUAAGUCCUGAUCUAAAUCCUGUUGCACAUCUUUGGAAGGAGCUGAAACAUGCAGUCUGGAGAAGAAACCCUUCAAACCUGAGACAGAGUAGGCCAAAAUACCUGGGACAGGUGCAGAAUU